UUUCCGGCAUAUCGAAAUGGAAAACGGAGAAUGGUGUUAGAAUGGAGAGAACUUUAUUAUAAUUUUUUCCAGGAGUCUUGAGAUAUUUUACCCUUUUCUAUUUUCUUACCAAUUUUCAAUGCUGAUCUCUUUCUUUGUCCCAGUAUCCUCAACAUGAAGCCGAUUUAUAAACGUAUCAGUGUGUUCGUAAUGCUAUUCGUUUUCUCUUCUGUUGCCUAUUAUUUUGGCUACACAUCUGUUCUAACAAAAUACGGUUCCGGAAAUUUGCACUUACCUGACUCCAUUCUUAAAGCAUUCACUUCAAAUUGGCGAGCAUUUACGCAGUCGAUAUUGGUGGAACCUAACGCCACAGCAUCGGUGGCAACGGCUGCCUCAUCUAGUAAAAUAGUAAAAGCCAUAAGAACUGCAACGUUAACAGACCAAAGUAGAAAUUCUUGUAAAAACUGCGUUCCAAACAACAUUCCAAUUAUAGUAGAGAACCGAGAUAUUUGCAAACCCCACGAAAAUCUGCCAAUUCAGUUGGAUUUGUUUAUUAUAAUAUUCACUCAGUUCAAAUCGAAAACGCAACGAGACACCAUUCGCAACACUUGGUUGCAUCACUCACGAAAUAAUACUUCAAACGUUCGCUAUGCAUUUACGUUCGGUCGACUUCCUACAGACGCAGAAAACACAGCGUUGUUGAAAGAAGCAGGCAUAUACAAAGACAUCAUUCAGGGGGAUUUCAAAGAGGGUUACCGGAAUUUGACUUUUAAAACAAUAACAAUGCUUGGUUGGGUGAGCAGGCAUUGCCCUCACGUGAAACACGUGAUGAAAACAGAUGAUGAUAUGUGGGUUAACAUACCGAAACUAAUUGAAACAUUAAAAGAGAAACCCCUACAUAAGACUGUUGCCGGCUGCUGUCCUUUGACGGCGGGCCCCAUACGUUCUAAAGAUUCCAAAUGGUAUGUUUCCUACGAAGAAUACUCUAAAGAUUCAUAUCCUGGCUUCUGUUCAGGAACUGGGUAUGUGAUGGAUUUAUAUACUGCCGCUAGCAUUCACAACGUGUCAGUGUACGUGCCUUUUCUCUAUUUAGAAGAUGUGUACGUAUCUUUGUGUAUAGAGUAUCUGGGAAACGGUUUCCAUUUACAGCCGACUCGUGGGUUUUAUAAUUCUAGAUACCAAACAAACGAUUUGUGUGAGUUCCGUAAGUCGGUGUUAACCAGUCAUUACAUGUCCAUAAAAGCAAUUGAAGACAUAUGGAAUGCUAAAUGUUAACAGAGAGAGAGAGAGAGAGAGAGAGUGAGUGUUUGGAGAGGUCUUGCAUAUUGUUUUUUAAAUUGGAAUCUAGGACAUUGUGAUUUUAAUUUCAGACAAAGAAACGGACAGGUACGGAAUAAACGAAAUCAUUUCA